AAGCACACGAAAGCUCAGAUGCUGGACCUGGUGGUCCUGGAGAAGUUCAUGGCUGUCCUGCCCCCAGAGAUGGAGAGCUGGGUCAGAGAAUGUGGAGCAGAGACCAGUUCCCAGGCGGUGGCCCUGGCAGAAGGCUUCCUCCUGAGUCAGGCAGAGGACAAAGAGCAGGUCCAGGGGAUGUUGGCCAGAGAACCCACAGAUUUCCCUAAUGCAGAGAAGGCUCCACCGGGCAUCACACAGAGGCCGCUGGAUGGGUGGAUCUUGCAGGAGGGUGACGGAGGAUCCCCCUCACUGGGGAGCAAAAAGACCUGCAGGGGAAGUGAACUGAUCCUGGGGGGUCCUUCUGGGCCUCAUUCGCUUGGAAGCAAGGCCGCAGGUGCUGCCUUCCUCAGGGAGCUCGAUUCAAGCCUGCACCCGGCUGAUACGGAACAGGGAACAGAAAAAACUGCAGAGAAACUGAACUGA